GACGAGUACAUCAAGGAGCGGAUCACGGCCCAGCUCCUCGCCAUGAACCUGACUUUGUUCGACGCCAUGCGGCCCGCGGCCAUCGCGCUCUUCACCUCCGUCUUCGAGAUCCACACGUACGGCCCAGGCGACGUCAUCGUCAAGGAGGGCCAGGCGGGCGACUUCUUCUACGUGCUCGUCAACGGGGCCGUGAAGAUCGACUCGGAGACGGGCAUCCACGUCGAGCUGAACACCAAGGGCGACUACUUCGGGGAGAUGAGCCUCCUGCGGUCGGACCCGUGCGCGGCGACGAUCGCGGCGUCCGCGGACGCGACGCUCGUCUGCAUCCCCGGCGAGAACUUCAAGCAGCUC